GUACUGUCAGCUGAUGGUAGCAGUCUACUACUUUAGGAGAUAUGGCCUUGACAUUAGACCCUAAAUUAAAAAUAUCUAGAUCUACAUUUUUUUAGGCCUAGGCAUAGUCAUUUAACAUUGUUUUCCUAUUUGCGUUUGCGUUGAUAACUUGAUAGGCGUAUGGCCCAUAAUGGCAGUGUAGAGUUAGAUUCUAAAAUCUAUAUUUCUAGAUCUGCAUAUUAGUUAUUAGAUUUAGAAAAUCUGGAUGUAUUUAGAGUGUGUAAAAUGGACAUGAAUGAGGACGAGUGAACAGUAUUAUUAAUCCUGAAUGAAACACAUGAUGAUGGAACAGCUAGACUUUAUACUUGGUAUCAGCAGUGCAAUAUCAAGUCUCAUAGGGUUAACAUUUUAUGCCUUGUACAGAUCUCACACAGAAACAGCUAGACAAAUUAAAAAUCUGCAAGUAUGGCACCCAGAUUCAGACUUAUACAAGCAGUUGCAGUUACAAGGCAAUUAUUGUUUAGCCUAUGCAGCAGUGGGGGGUGUUGUGACAGCAACAGAACACACCCUCAAAAGCCAGUAUGGAGAACAACAGGGUGUUAUACAACGCUUACAGAUGACAGAACAUAAAUCUAAAUACGUUGCUGGAAAUUGGAUCGACUUUAAAACCGUGGUUCAGGAUUCCACUUCAUAUGCACAGUUUGCUUUAAUGACUGCCGAGCCAGAAGAUUCAAAGUACAGAGUUGAAGUACAUAAAUGUGAAAGUGCUGGUCAGAUAAAAGGGGAACUGGACAUUACCCAUGACAAGUUCAAACAAAGAUCUUCUAUUUUUACAAAAAUAGGCUUGGACAGGCUGUUUGGAGAUGUAACGAAAGGAGUUCAGGAAACAGAGUCUAUGCUACUCAAUGGAACAGCUGUUUUAAGCAUCGGUAAAGUGUUCCUGGAUCAGGGAAAAAUUAAGAUAACAGCACCCCUACCAUCCACUGGUUCUUACAUUAUCACCAAAAUGACACUACGCGAAUUAGUUCACCACUUAGAAAAUCAGUCGUUCCAGUUGAAAAAAAAAUCUGCGAUUUUCAUCUUAGUUGGAGGUAGCUUGCUGGCGUACAUGAUUUGCAGACACAUAAAUAAAGUGAGGGAAGAGAGAAAGACACGGUUAGAGUUAGAGGCCAUACGUAACAUAAUAGAAGCUAAUACUGAUACUGAUAGAGAUUUUUAUAGCUCUGAUGAGGAACUGUGUGUUGUUUGUUUAACAAACCCAAGAGAAUGUGUGGCUGUUGGAUGUGGACAUCUAGCCCUGUGUGGUGAUUGCGCUGAAUGUCUAUCUGAACCAAAGAAAUGUCCCAUAUGUCGAGCAGAUGUUUCUUUUAUUCCAGUUUACCAUCCCUAGCUAUACAUCUUAACUUAUUUAGUAUAUCUUUGUAGUUUUUUAAUCAAGGGUUUUUAGAAAUUCCUUUGAAAGCUAAUUUUUGUGUUGGUUUUCAAAUAUGUGCAUAUCAUUACAGUGCUGAGCUCAAUUGUAACAAUGCAGGUCAUCACUGUUUAUUGUUAGUUAUGUGAAUUGAAAAAUAUUCUUAAAUCUUUUUUCAUGAAGAUAAUAUUUCUUGUACACUAAUGUAGGCCUAGAUUAACUUCCAACUAAAUAAGUUAGGCUCUCAUUUUAUUUAUAUUCUAUUUUAUAUAUUGCAUUAACUCCCAACUAAAUAAUUUAGGUGAAAAUAUUAGACAAUUUAAACUGUUAUUGUACCAUAAUAUUGUUGGCCUAUGAAAAUUUCCUGUUGAAAACCGGGUACCAGUUUUUCAUUAUAGAACAGAAGUCAAAGAGCUUAGAUUUAUAUAAGGUGGGCUAACAUUAGGGUACAGAGUUUCUUUCAGACAUC